UGCACUACUGCAAUGGCUGGACCCCAGCAUCUGUGAAAGGGUCACUCCUAGGCUCUCCCAUGCCAACUCUGCUGUGGUGCUGUCUGCUGUGAAGGUGUUAAUGAAGUUCAUGGAGAUGUUGUCCAAGGACCUGGACUACUAUGGCACACUGCUCAAGAAGCUAGCACCUCCUCUGGUCACACUGCUGUCAGCAGAGCCAGAGCUGCAGUAUGUGGCUCUGCGCAACAUCAACCUCAUCGUGCAGAAAAGGCCAGAAAUCUUGAAGCAUGAAAUGAAAGUUUUCUUUGUGAAGUACAAUGACCCCAUCUACGUGAAGCUGGAGAAACUGGACAUUAUGAUCCGCCUGGCCUCCCAGGCCAACAUCGCCCAGGCAAGCAGAGUAUGGUGGUGUGGGGCACAAGCUUUGGUGUCAGACAACUUCCUAGGUGUGUCUAGGUCAGCAUGCUCACUGUGACAUUCUAUCUCAUGGAGAGUUGUGGAUGAUAGAGCUCUGUAAGCAAGCAAAAACAACUAAUGUCUGUAUUAAUAAAGAAUAUUCUCAAGCUGUC